AUGCAGUCCCAGGCUCAACAACAGGCUGUCACUGCUGACUCCAGCCAGGCCGCCCACGCGCAGUCUGGACAGUUCGCUCAAGAUGUGCGUGCUCACUUUGGCACUGGUUACCAGCAGAACGGCCAUGGCAACCAGCCGGAUGGUGGCCAUGCAGGCUCAGCUCCACUUGGGGUAGGUCUGAAUCUUCAGAAUCAGCGUUCAGGCUCAAAGUACAAUCUCCCCAAGGGCAAUAUGCCUGUCACCAUGCCUCCCUACCCUGGCCAGCUUGUUCUGUUCCCCAACGGACCGAUGCUCAACGGCAUCCAUCCUGUCCCUCCAUUUGCUCCUACUUCUGUUCUUGGGCAUAACCAGGUGGGCCAAAUUCCAUAUAUGCCAACAAUGUAUCCAAAUGUCAGCACGGCAUUUCCCAUGGCACCCGCAGCUAUUCAGGGAUACCCGGUUCCCUUCCUGGCAGACAGCAAUAUGCCGCAUCUUGCUAGCCAGAAGAGAAAUGCUUGGGCGGCUAAUGAGGAACACAAGGCAACUGGUCAACUAGCCUCCGAUAAUCAUGAUAAUCAGAACGAUUACUAUUCCGGGCCGGCUGUCUCCAACAUAGAAGGUUCGUCUUUCAACUACGGCGGUCUUCAACAGCCAUGCCUUCCAUACCAGAUGAUGAAGACUUCGAAUGGAUACAUGCUUCAAGACCUGGAGAGUCUAACGCAACAGGAUCCUCCAAUCCCAAGAGCCGUGCCUGCUAUGUGGACGAACCCUUCCGAGCUGACACUCGCAAAGUGCCUGGAGAAUCGUGAAGGUAUAACAAACGUAUACAUCAGGGGGUUCCUUCCAGAGACUACAGAUGAGAUGUUGCAUGCUUAUGCUGCUCGCUUCGGGAAGAUUGACCGUUGCAAGGCCAUCGUGGACUUGGAUACCGGCCUUUGCAAAGGAUUUGGUUUCGUUCAAUACUUCAACUUCGAAUCUUGUGAAAACUGUAUUCGAGGGUUCUUUUACCUCGGAUACCAAGCCAGCUUUGCACAAAAAUCUCGCAAUUCCCGUCUCAAGGAUCUUGAGGACAGAACUUCAACUAACAUUUAUUGCACCAAUAUUCCCAUCGACUGGACUGAAGCUGACCUUCGUCAUCACUUCGAGCCCUACCGUGUCGUCUCUGAGAAAAUAAGUCGUGAUGACAAGACGGGUGUUAGUAAGGAGGUCGGCUUCGCUCGUUUCGAGACGCGGGAAAUUGCCGAAAAAGUACUGAAUGAGUUUCACAAUGCCACUGCUGACGACGGCGUGAAAUUACUUCUUCGAUUUGCCGAUACGAAGGCCCAGAAGUUGUUGAAGCAGCAGAGCAACGAACGCCGUGCCUACCGUGCUGGGGAGUACAACUAUUCCGUCGAGGUGGUUCAAGGCUCUACUCCUUCUCCUUCACUGCACCGUCUCCAGCAGACUGCCUCUCAUCUUACCCCUAAUUCACAGGUCAGCUAUCCAUCGCCACUCGGAGUAGGUUCCACUUGGACUCCUGCAACGUCGAUUUCCCCGUCGUAUGUAUAUAGGGUUGUCUCAUCCAGUGUUAAAUAUGGACUAACCAUGCAAGCAGGUAUCCCCUCGUGA